AUGGAAAAAAUAGAAGAUCCUUUUUUUGAAGCAAAAGAGCAGAUUUCUUUUCAAUUGUCUAAAGCGCGUUAUUUGUAUGAUUUAUACUUUAAAACAGUGAAAGAAAAGAAUAUUGGAUCAUCGACUACAUUAUUAGAUAUUUCGAAUGAAUUAUGGAAAAUAAUUAAUGAGAUUGAUGAUUGUUUGAUAGAUUUGGAAGAAGUAGUUUGUGCUGUUGAAAGUCAGCCGAAAAAAUAUAAAAUUUCGGAUGAAGAAGCUUCUGAACGACGUUUAUUUGUUAAUCGAGUUAGAAAUGAUUUGGAACAAAUGCAAAAAGACCUAAAUGACCCGAUAGAAGAUCUUUCUUAUAGAAAAGAUGAGCUUUUAAAACAAACUGUACGUGAUGAGGAAUCAUUAAAUAACUCUUUAGUCAUGAGCCCUAAACUUGCACUAAAAUAUCGAAAAUUACUUGAAGAUGAACAAGAUAUUCAAUUAGAUCAUGUAUUUGGAACAGUACAGAAUUUAAGAGAACAGGCAUCAAUUAUGGGUAAAGAAUUAGAGGAACAAUUUGAAUUGAUUGAAGAAGUUGACAUGCGAAUAGAAAGAACAGGUGAAAAACUGAAACAGGGAUUUAAAAAUAUGAAAUGGGUAAUUAAACGAAAUGAAGACACAAUAUCUUCCUAUUGCAUAGUUUUUUUGAUUAUAAUAUUGAUUGUUUUAUUAAUACUUAUAUUUUUAUUUUGA